CGUGAAUUGCGCAUGAUCAUGAAGAAGCCUCUAAAAACUUCUACAUGGUUGAUGCAUUCACUGACUCAGCCUUCAAGGGAAACCCAGCAGUAGUAUGCAUUCUUGAUAAGAAGAAUGAAAGAGACGACUAUUGGCUUCAGUCUCUUGCUGCUGAAUUCAACAUUCCCUUGACUUGUUUUGUUGUUCCCAUCACUGGCUGUCAUCCACCACACUUCUUGCUCCGGUGGUUCACUCCAACCACAGAGGUGGAUCUCUGUGCUCAUGCAACCUUAGCAUCUGCACACACUCUCUUCUCAAACGGUUUAGUUGGUUCAGACACAGUUGAGUUUGUCACCCGCUCGGGGAUACUAACCGCUAAAAAGGUUUCAGAAACUCUCAACUUCUUUGACUUCCAAGAGAAAGGAUCCUCCUUCUUGAUCGAAUUGGAUUUUCCUGUGAUUCCUACUUAUGAUUACAACUCCAAUGAUAAGCUCAUGUUUUCCAAAGCCUUCAAUGAAGCUACCAUUGUUGAUAUCCGAGGAACCACAACUGAUAAAAUCAUCUCCAAAGCUUUCAAUGGAGCUUCCAAAGCAUCUUCAACUGAUAAAAUCAUCGUUGUGCUUCAAACUUGGGAAUCUGUAACUGAACUGCAGCCAAGAAUGGCUGAUAUAUUGAAAUGCCCUGGAAAAAUCAUAAUUGUUACAGCUGCUGCUCCUGAUGGAUCUGUAUAUGAUUUCUGUAGUAGGAUCUUUGCUCCCAAACUAGGAGUUGAUGAGGAUGCCGUCUGUGGAAGUGCACAUUGUGCAUUAGCUCAUUAUUGGAGCAACAAGAUGAACAAAACUGAGUUUGUCGCUUACGCUGCUUCGCGUAGGAGUGGAACAGUGCAGGUUCAUUAUGAUAAGGAGAAGCAGAGAGUCUUGCUCACUGGCAAAGCUGUGACUGUGAUAAAAGGCUGUGUCAUAGUUUAAUCCUGGCAUGGGGAGGCAAGCAAAAGUUUUUUAACUUCUCAAUAAAUUGGUGUAUGAUCACCUUCUACAUAGUAAACAAAUAGGUUUGACAUGGAAUGUAUUCUGGCUUCCUGUUGGACUGAUGAACGUAUAUCUCUAUUCCUCAUUAGUCAACAAUCCUAAUAAAUUGCAUUUUUUCAUACGAAUUUUUUAGUUUUUAGUAGUGGUUUCACCUUUGACUAUCCCUGCUGACUCAAAAGUUACAGAAACUUCUUUUUGGUAGGUGGAGAUUUGUGGUCAUGCCAUUAUUGGACCCUAAAUUAUUUUGGAGUUGUUUACAGCAUGGACCACAUUUUGUCUUUGUCUUACAUUCAAAGUUACAUUGUACAUUAGAGACAUUUUCCUUUGGUCCAAGAAAAAAAUCGGACAAUACUAUUCUUAGCGAAAACUGAGAUAUUGUUUUGCUUUCCAAAGAGAAAUUGAUUCG